CAGACGGACACGGAGCUGCUGCGCGCCAUGUCCGUGGCGUCAGUGGCUAGUGGCGCCACCGACCGCAGCAACACCGACUGCGUCGAGGAGUACGUGUGCGACGUGCCUUUUGCAGGCCUCUUCAAAGGCUCCACGACAACACUCGACGGCAUAGGCCUCCGGCCGAUGCCGGCCGAGCGGCCAAAGACCCUUCGCAAGCUCAAGUCUGUGUACGACGCGUCUCCCACAGACCCCCCGGCGGUGACCCUGGGCAAUGGGAGCAGCAAUGGCUGUGAGGAUGAGGUCAGGAGACGGAGCAACACGAACAGCUCGACGCACAGCGGGGAUAAGUCGCUGUCGAUACUUAGCCCGUUUGAUGAGCAGGAGGAAUGGGCUAAGAUCUCCGAGAUAAUGGCCUCGUUUGGCAGCAAGCUCGUCCGCGAGUCCGUUUUUGUCUCUGAACUCGAGCAGGAGUUCACCUCCCGCCUCGGCCUGAGCUGUUCCGAGUCCAGCUUGAGUCCCUCUGUGGCAUCGAACUUAGGCCUCUGGCUUUCCGGCCUCGGUUUACAUGACUACGAGCCGCUGUUCUUAGAAAGCGGCUUCGAUGAUGUUGAUUUUGUGAACGGCAUUCUAGACGAGAACGACCUCCGAGAAAUGGGAAUAGAAGAGAACGAUAGACAAAGAAUACUAGAGUCAGCGAAACAAUUACCUCUUAAAAUAACUGAAAUAAGCAAUAACUAUAAUAACAAUAAUAUAAGUAAAAACCAAAACGAAUCCGUAGAAGAAUGGUUAAGGAAUAUAAAUCUAGAGAUAUAUAGUGAUACUUUUAGGAAGCAUUUGUAUGUGGAUAUGGAUAGGGUGAGGAGGAUUUGGGAGGUCGAGCUGACGGCUGUUCUGGAGAUACAGAAGGCGGGGCAUAGGAAGAGGAUCUUGGCUUCGGUUUCGGGCGAGCAGAAUGGACCCGCGAAUCAUAUGGAGGACAUUAAUGCUGAUCUCAAUUCGUUGAAAAACAACAUAAAACAGCUAAAAGAAGACAUCAAAGAAAAGUUACCUAUCUCCGAAAACCUGAAAGCGGUACCCCCUCCCGUCGUACCUUCCCUCGCGCCUCCGGGCGGUGAGACGUUGAAACGCAGCAAGAAGAACAGACCAGCUCCUCAGCCGCCUAGACCCUCGGACUUGGAGAUCAGGGCGCCGUCGGAGCUGCUGGUGGGCGUGCCGGGGGCGCUGAAGACGCAGUGGAAGCAUCAGCCGUUCGUGCUGGUGACGGGCGCUGUGACCUAUGUGGCCAAUUACCUAGGGUCAACGGUGGUGAAGGAGCUUCGAGGAACGGAGUCCACAAAGAAGUCCAUACAGAAGCUGAAGAAGUCUACCAAAGAGCCCCGGGAUUCCCCGGACAUCAUUCUGUCGAUCAGCUACAGGGGGGUCAAGUUUCUGAACACCAUCACGAGGGAUCUGAUCUGCGAGCACGAGAUUCGCAACAUCCACUGCGCGUGUCAAGACGCGGAUGACCUCACACACUUCGCCUACAUCACCAAGGACCACACCACCAAGAGCCACUAUUGCCAUGUGUUCAGAGUUGCCACCAUGGACCAAGCGACAGAAGUCAUCUUGACCCUGGGCGAAGCGUUCGAGGUAGCCUACCAGAUGGCUCUCCGCGAGCAGUCCAACCGGGUCCGCGUCACCCACUCUCAGGCCAAGACCCCUACUCACGAUCCCACGACCACCACCAACAAGGAGAAGCCUAUCGUCAACCACGGGAGAUCACAUUCCAUUACCGAGAUUAAACUAAACGGCCAUCAGCUCAAGAUUGCCCCCAUGCCCGCCUCCUUAUCCAACGAGGAUUUCCAGUCUUCGAAAAACUCCGAUGGCUCUAGGAGCCCCAGAACACCGCUUCUCAAAGCGCCUAUAGCUUCCACUGAAGAGUUGUGAGCAGUUUAAGGUUCAUGUGUAAGAUUAGAAUGGAAUUUUAAAGUAAAUUGCAUUUACGGGCCGUUAGAAAUGGCUUCCACGUGUUAAAAGGCUUAAAUUUUGUAACGAGGUUAGUGUUUAAAGUAUUCAAAUUACUCGAAUUGUUAUCGGCCAUAAAUAUAGUGACACUGCGUGACAUUUUGCAGCAAUGAUAUAAUUUUUCCGGUCUUGACUCUUAAGACUGGUCGAUAAAAUUAUAAGAUUAUUGACUUUUUGUAUUUCGAUUUCGACACUGCUUUUAUGAACCAUAAACCUUAUUAUAUUAUUAUAACGAAUAGUUAAAUAAACAAUUUUACUAUUGAAUAGUAAAAAUAGGGCUGUUGUAUUUAUAGUAGUUAUAAAUGUAUAUUAUUUGUUUUAUUUGCAAUUUGUGUGUGGAUGUUACGACUAUUAUCAAAUUAGAAUUGAGCUAUACUUAUGAUUAUUAAAAAUAUAGCGUCAUAAUUUUAAAGUUCUGAUUAUGCGCGCAUAAGAGUAUUAAAAUAACGCGUUUUUUAAUAAUUUGAAUUUUUGGGUAAGGCCUAAAAUAUACCUAUGGGCGUUAUAUUGUACCUUCUGUGCGUUACCAAGUUUUCGAUGUCGUGAGUAAGGGCAUAUACAGAUGGACUGCAACCCGACUGCAACUUGUAUGGGGACUGCACGCUGACGUUGCAGUUGGCUUGCAGUUCCCAUACAAAUUGCAGUCAGCUUCCAGUCCGUAUGUAUCGGCCCUAAUAAUGUAAAUAUAUUAUAGUUUAAGAUUGCAUAUAGACUUAUAUCGAAUUGUUGAUAUUACACAUCUUAUGACAAGAUCGGUGGAUACGCCUAACACAUAGUACAUUAAACAUAUCAAACUUAUGUUAUAUGAUUACAAUUAUUCAAUUUAUUUUGAACACAUUAAUAAGAAACUACAUGUCAUUUAAUUUAGGUAUUUAUUGUGUUCAGUGACAUAAUUUUAACCAAUUGUAUUAUAUUUUUAUUAAGACUUUUGCAUUUCAAAAAUGUGUACGUAUCCUUCAGUAUAUUACACACGUUACAUUUUUUUUAUUAAUGUGGUCAAACCGUAUUUAAAAUGUUUUUAAUAUGAGCUUCCGAAGUUAAUUUUGCUCGUAAAUUAUAUAUAAUGUAAUUCGUUGUCUUCGUACAAUAAUCAUGUCAAAAAAAUGACAAAAAAGAAAUAUUUGGAAAAAAAAAAUGUUUAAUGUUUUCCUCAUAGGUGCAACCGUUUGCUCAAAGCCUCUGGCGUUUCAAUUGAAUGUAAUAUCAUUUUAGUAUCGAAUUGUUGUAUGACUUGCGGCCCGAUUCCAACUUUUAGAUACGUCAAUUAAUAGAUCUAGAAACGAUAUGGAUUUAUGUCAGUGCCAAAUGUGACGUUUCUUCA